ACAGUAAAGGAGGAGCAGAGAGCUACAAUGAGCUCACAGGGGACGCUGCGGGAACAUACGAGAGAACGAGGGAGGAGGAACCACCUGACAGAUCACAGAACUGAGAAAAAGAGCUCGGCUCUUCUACCCGAGGGACAGAUAUCAUGUCUUCUGUAAAGGAAUACUGAUAGAUCACUCAACUCAGCUGAGGAUUUUUGCUUUUGAAGGCCAACAGAAGGUAAUCUGACCAGCUGGUGACUCUACCUGCUGGAAUUUUUCGGAGAAAACCAGUUGAGCAGCAUUGGAUAUAUUAUUGUGUGAAAUACAAUAUUCAUGGAUCCAAGCGCAAAGAACUUCCCUGUUGGACUGAAAAUGUUUCAAACUUACCAGCUUGACCCAAAUAUGAACGUCAGCUGUGACAAGAGCGACGACUUCAAGUACCCCUUGUACAGCGUGGUGUUCAGCCUGGUGUUUGUGGUGGGGCUGGUGUUCAACCUGGUGGCGGUGUACAUCUUUGGCUGCACGUUGAAGCUCCGGAACGAGACCACCACCUACAUGAUAAACCUCGUGGUUUCGGACUCCCUCUUUGUCCUCAGUUUACCUUUCCGGAUCGCGUACUUCGUCAGACGCGACUGGCUCUUUGGAUCUGUGCUGUGCAAGAUCUCAGUGUCUCUGUUCUACACAAACAUGUACGGCAGCAUCCUCUUCCUCACCUGCAUCAGCGUCGACCGCUUCCUGGCCAUUGUUUAUCCGUUCCGCUCCCAGGGAAUUCGAACUAAGGGGACAGCCAAACUGGCCUGCCUUGUGGUGUGGGUGAUGGUGCUCUCCGGGAGUAUACCCACAGGCUUUCUUCUGGACACCACCUCACCAAACAACACAAACUCUUCUGCUAAUUUCUGCUUCGAGAACUAUUCCAAGAAACAAUGGAAGGCGGAGCUAUCAAAGGUAGUGGUGUUUAUUGAGACCGUGGGCUUCAUCCUCCCAUUGAUACUGAACGUUUUCUGCUCUGCCAUGGUGUUGCGGACACUGAGGAGUCCCCAAGCCAUCAGCCGGGGGAGUAGUCUCAACAAGAAAAAGGUCCUGAGGAUGAUCAUUGUGCAUCUUCUCAUCUUCUGCUUCUGUUUCAUACCCUACAAUGUGAACCUCAUUUUCUACACACUGGUGCGAUCCAACAUCAUACCAGGAUGCAACGCAGAGCAGGUGGUCAGAACCAUCUACCCCAUCGCCCUCUGCCUGGCAGUAAGCAACUGCUGCUUUGAUCCAGUCGUUUACUACUUCACUUCAGAGACGAUCCAGAGCUCUAUCAAACGGAAGAGCACGGUCUGGAACAACGGAGCCAAACUGUUCGAUCGACUACAAACUGAAAGCACGCAAAGCAGCCCGAGGACCCCGAUCAAGAGCCUGACACCGAAGAGUGUGGGAGCCAAGACGUUCGACAACGAAUCCACAGUCUGAUCACAUUUCUGGAUGCUUGGAACAUUCCAGCAGGAUUCACGAAACUUGAUGUGACUUAACAGCACAGUGGAGGCAGAGUGAUUUAGAAACACAAACAAAAGAGUCACUCCCAUAAAGUGGACUCCACUGAGACUUUGGACUGAGAAUAAUGACAUUGACUCCUCUAUAAAAGGAGGAAGUCACUGCAGCACCAAACCCUCGACAGGGGUAUUCACAAGUUAUUAACAGUAUUCUAGCUAUUUAAGGUGUAGCACGGUGCAGCUUUUAGUCGUGUGUGUCAUUUAUGGUCACAUUAAGACCUUUAUGCACUUUAAUGAGCAACAUGUUGUGUGACAGAAUUUAUCUGAAGAGUAAAUAAAAACUUUUACUUUUUUUAAAAAGUUUUA